AUGUCGAACCUCACCGAUCCCGUCGCGUUCGCGAAGGACUUCCUCGCUGGAGGAAUCUCCGCCGCCGUCUCCAAGACCGCCGUGGCUCCCAUCGAGCGCGUGAAGCUGCUGCUCCAGGUCCAGCAUGUCAGCAAGCAGAUCGCGGAGGCUGACCGCUACAAGGGUAUCAUCGACGCCUUCGUGCGCAUCCCCAAGGAGCAGGGAUUCACCUCCUUCUGGCGUGGAAACAUGGCCAACGUGAUCAGGUACUUCCCCACCCAGGCCCUGAACUUCGCCUUCAAGGACAAGUACAAGCAGGUGUUCCUCGGAGGAGUCGACAAGAGGACCCAGUUCUGGCGCUGGUUCGCCGGAAACCUGGCCUCCGGUGGCGCCGCCGGAGCCACCUCGCUGUGCUUCGUGUACCCUCUGGACUUCGCCCGUACCCGUCUGGCCGCUGACGUCGGCAAGGGAGGCAAGGACGGCGCCCGUGAGUUCACCGGUCUCGGCCAGUGCCUCACCAAGAUCUUCAAGUCCGACGGUCUCAUCGGUCUCUACAGAGGAUUCGGUGUGUCGGUCCAGGGUAUCAUCAUCUACCGUGCCUCAUACUUCGGAUUCUACGACACCGCCCGUGGUAUGCUGCCCGACCAGAAGAACAUCCCCCUGGUUGUGAGCUGGGCCAUCGCUCAGUCCGUCACCACCGUGGCCGGAAUCAUGUCCUACCCCUUCGACACCGUGCGUAGGCGUAUGAUGAUGCAGUCUGGACGUGCUAAGGCUGACAUCCUGUACACCGGCACCCUCCACUGCUGGGCCACCAUCGCCAAGACUGAGGGUAUGGGCGCCUUCUUCAAGGGAGCCUUCUCAAACGUCCUCCGAGGUACCGGUGGUGCGUUCGUGCUUGUCUUAUACGAUGAGAUCAAGAAGGUCUUGUAA